CGUAUUUUAACUGUCAGGGAUAUCUAACACAUGGGUGUUCUUUCUAAAGUUAGAGCCAGACUUUCCAGGAAUGGAAUUAGAGAAUACUACCACAUCUAGAGGACAUGGGCAUGGUUGUGCUUUCUUGGCUGUUAAAGUUUCCUUGGUAUUCCCAAUCACUACCGGAAUCUUGUUCAUACUGUGCUUUACAAGUUUCGUUAUCACCAGCUUCAUGGAUCCGGGAAUUCUACAACAAGGAUUUUGAUCACCAUUGCAAAUGGGUGAAUAACUGUAUUGGGAGAAGGAAUUAUCGCUUUUUUUUCCUCUUUGUCUUCUUUCUUGUCGUUUACAUGCUGACUAUUUUGGGAUCCUGCAUCACGUAUCUUAUUCUCAACCACCACGAGCCAAUGACAGCAGAGAAGGGCACCACUUAUGCUGUAAUCGUUCCAAUUGCAUUUUUCUUCUUUCCAGUGCUUUUCCUGUUUGGAGCUCAUAUUGAACUCAUUGUGCUGGGAGAAACGAUGUCUGAAGAGUACAAUGACGAGGAGGAUACAAAAAAUCCCUUCACACAUGGCUGGAAAAAGAACUUUUUCAACAUGCUUUGUGGACGCAUUGUGCCAAGGUACCUUGGAUCACUUGACAAACUGGAAACAAAACAGCCAUCAAGAAAGAGAGAUGCGCAACAGGCUGACAUAGAAGCUGAAAAUCGAAUUACAAGUAAAAAGACCAUGAGAAAGGAAACAAAGGUGGCACGAGGCUGGAGGCCUUUCAGGAAGGAAGCCUGCUUCACAGGGCCAAGGCCUACAAAAACAGAUGUACAGAAGGUCGAUCCCAGUACAGUCUUGAAGAGCAGCAAUUGGACUUUGAAGAUGAAGGAAAACAAGUUAACACCAGCCAUCAGUUACAUCCUUAACGAGAGUCGUGUUUAAAUAAGCCAUGUUUAGCAAACCUCCAAUCCUACCUUUUUAAACUUAUUUGCUGAGUCCAUUUUAUUACUCAGAAUACAGGGCUAUAAGCCAACUACAAGACAAUUCUUUCAUCAAGUAUUUAUCCUGAAAUAAUCAUCCCGUUGUUUAUUUUAGUCCUGAUUUUUAUACUGCUUCAAUAGUUUGUCUUUUGAUCAAUUCUCAAACUUACAGUUCUUUUCUGACAAUACAGCAAAUGAAGUACUUUCUCCCAUGCCUCUUUUAAGUCUACUUAGUCAAUUAUUACUCCCUAAGCAUGAGUCCCAAUUUUUUCAACUGUGUCAGCCACUGGAAGGUGAGAGAUGACAUUCAUUUCUCCUGCCAUUACCUUGCAGUUUGAGUUUUAUUAAAACUGUACCAAGUCAUGACUACAGAGCUAACAGCAGGAUAUGUCACUUUUGUCUUGUAUCAUUUUAUGAUCUGUAUGAUCUAUGAUAUCGCCCUUUUGAGAAUCACGGAGACAAACUCACGUCAUACUAGUCACUCUACCAGUCUGCUGUUUUCAGUACAGUUUGUUGCACAGAUAUACAAAUCUUCAUAUUAAUAUAGCCAUGUGCAAAGUGUAUAAUACUGAUGUCACAAGUUAACAUAAUGGUCUUUUCCAGAAACAUUCUCCAAGGUCAGCAGCUGUCACCUUGAGCUACUAAAAUAUUUUACUUUCCAAAGAGCAUCCCAGCUAGUUAGUAGAAGUCAAACUCUUCUCCAAAAUAUGUGAAGUUCUAAUUCAUAUAGCAGAAACACUUUCAGCUGUUCAUACAGAUUAGUUUGACAGCUUAAGUGGCUUCAAAGUAGAGGGAUUUUGUUCAUCUUGAUAUUGCUCAUCCCUCAUAAAAUAAAAAAACACUAUAGCAAUUUUCAUUUAAUGGUAAAGGUACUUUAAAAAAUGUAAAAUGCAAAACCAGGUGUCCAACUUGAAAAUGGACCUAUUACUAUGUAAGAAUUAUGUGAAUAAUUGCAAGUUAUAAAUGGUAAAAGACACAAAGCUUACAUUCACAUCCCCUCAGCAUACUCAUUUGGCCACAUUUGGUCUUUUUAAAAAUUCCAGACAUUUUCUCUAGGUAUCCAAAAUGCUUUCUUUAUGUAAAGUGUGUAUAAUUGAGUCUAUGUAAAGCUUUUCAGUAAGACGUGUUGUUCCAGCUCUGAACAUUUGCUAAGAAUUAUGAUAUA